ACCACACAAUAUUCCAAAACAGCAGGAUUUGAAACACUGGCCAUAUCUAAACAAUAUCAAAUUACCUGAAAUUGACUCUGACGUCGACCUCCUCAUUGGCACGAAUGCCUCUAAGGUACUGGAACCCUCGGAGGUGGUCAAUAGCCAGCAGGACGGGCCAUACGCAAUGAGGACCCUAUUGGGAUGGGUCAUUUAUGGUCUUUUAAUAGGUGAUGACACCAGCAGGAAUAAUGGCUGCCCUGUUGCUGAUGUCAAUAGAAUAUCUAUUCUAAACCUGGAGGAGAAAUGCUUUGCCUACGACAAGAUGGAGAAAACGAAGACACGUCUCCAGCAAGAGUUGGACGACGUGAUAAAUCACGACCAACUUCGACAAACUGUCACAAAUCUGGAGAAGAAGCUGAAGAAGUUUGACCAGAUGAUGGCGGAAGAGAAAAACAUAUCUGCACGCUAUGCAGAAGAGCGAGAUCGGGCUGAAGCCGAGGCCCGUGAGAAAGAGACCCUGACACUGUCUUUGACCCGCAAGCUGGAAACUCUAAUGGAUCUAAAGGACGAGGUGGACCGCAACAACAAACUGCUUCGGGCUGAAAAUCAGGAUCUGGUGUCAUCCAAAGAUGAUGUUUGAAAGAGCGUGCACGAGCUGGAGAAGUCCAAGCGUGCCAUGGAUCAGCAGCUGGAGGAGAUGAAAACACAGCUUGAGGAACUAGAGGAUGAGUUGCAGGCCAUGGAAGAUGCCAAGCUGCGUCUGGAGGUCAACAUGCAGGCCAUGAAGGCCCAGUAUGAGCGGGACCUGUCCGGACGUGACGAGAUGGGUGAGGAGAAGAAGAGGUCUCUGAUCAAGCAGGUCCGCGAAAUGGAAAUGGAGCUGGAGGCUGAGCGCAAGCAGCGUUCUGGUGUUGUUGCUAAAUGUAAAAAACUGGAGCUGGACCUGAAGGAACUGGAGGCGGGCAUCGACAUGGCCAACAAGCACCGUGAGGAAGCCCUCAAACAACUGAAGAAACAGCAGGCCCAGAUGAAAGAACUUAUCAGGGGACUGGAUGACACUCGCAUGUCUCGAGAGGAAAUUCUGGCCCAGAGUAAGGAGUCUGAGAAGAAGUUAAAGGGUAUGGAAGCUGAUAUGCUCCAAGUGCAGGAGGAGGUGGCUGCUGCAGAACGAGCCAAGCGACAGGCCCAGCUGGAGAGAGACGAGUUGCAGGAUGAGAUGAACAAUCAGGCCACCAAGAAUGCUCAAAUCGCAAAGGAGAGGAGACGUUUGGAGGCACGUAUCGCUCAGCUGGAAGAGGAGCAGUGCAACACGGAGCUGGUUAACGACAGCCUGAAGAAGUCCAUGCUGCAGACUGAUCACAUGAACGUGGAGCUGACCUCAGAUUGCAGCUCCUUUCAGCGUGUGGAAGGCACCCACACCCAGCUGGAGCGUCAGAACAAAGAGCUGAAGCUCAAGCUGCAGGAGAUGAACGGAGCGGUGAAGUCCAAGUACAAGGUCAACAUGGCCGCUCUUGAGGCCAAGUUUGCUCAGCUGGAGGAGCAGCUGGACAUCGAGACCAGGGAGCGGCAAAGUGCUACCAAGCUUGCGAGGCGAACUGAGAAAAAACUGAUAGAGCUGGUUUUGCAGGUGGAUGAUGAGAGACGCAACACCGAGCAGUACAAAGACCAGGCAGACAAGUUGAACUCUCGCAUGAAGCAGAUGAAGCGGCAGCUGGAGGAGGCCGAGGAGGAGGCUCAGAGGGCAAACACUUACCGAAGGAAGAUGCAGAGGGAGCUGGAGGAUGCCACAGAGUCAGCAGAAGCCAUGACUCGUGAAGUCAGCACCCUCAAGAGCAAGCAUCCGAUCAACCCAAAUCUUGUCUACAUAAUGAAGAUUCAAGAUUAAUGAACUAGGAAUGCCAACAUAUUUUUAUUUUUAAAUUAUGGAAAAAAAAAAAGGAACGAAAUUUGAAAAAAAACAAAGAAAAAAAAUGAUAAGAAUCGUGUAAAAGUGAAUUUGAAUGGCUCCCUUUCAAGUAAUUGUUAGUGUAAACAAUUAUGGGCCGGUGUGUAGGAGCCAUUUUAGGCAUCCUUAUUUUUGUGUUGGCAUUACUUCCUUUUGUCACUAGGUGUUGGUUUAGGAGUGCAGGGUUGAAGGCAUAAAUAGGAGCACAGGUGAGCUGAUUAGGAAGGACUCAGGUGUGGGAGCACAAACCGUUCUUGCCAACGGCAGACAACGGCAAACAACAGCACACAACAACGGCAGACAGCAACGGCAAACAGCACACAACAACGGCAGACAACAACGGCAGACAACAGCACACAGCAACUGGCAGGAAAUACAGGAGAGCAUAUGGCACAAU